AAGAGAGACAUAAAAAGAAGGGGCAAUUUGAUAAUGCUAUUUCCGCUAGCCAAAAUCAGAUUUCCUCAAACAACGAAAGGAACGAAAAUGACAGGAAAAUGCAAAUCUACCAUAGCAGCUCAAUUCUACAAUCUCAUGCCCAGGAUUAUAGAGAAACCAAUUGGUCCGCCGACAAAACCUCAACAGACGAGUCAGGAGUGGUUUACAGUAAACCAGAAAAGAAAAAGUGCCACAAUACAAAGCAGGAAUCGGACAUGUCUCUGGAACUGCUAUGUCAGGAUGUGUCAGAUGGAGAAGACGUAUUUGAUAGCGACGAAUUUGAUGACGAAACGGAUGUAAUAAACAGUGUAGAACAUUCUGUCAACACCUUCAUAUCCACAGCUGACAAGAAACAGACGUGA